AUGACUAUUGAGUAUAACUAUGUUUUUUUCACGGUGCUGUAUAUAAAAAACUAUUAUCCAAAGACCAGAGUCAUCAUACAGAUCCUUGAGUCCCACAACAAGGUUUUCCUGCCAAAAAUUCCCAGCUGGAAUUGGAGUACUGGAGACAGUAUCAUCUGCUUCAGAGAAUUAAAGCUUGGGUUUAUGGCACAAGGCUGCUUGGUACCAGGCCUGUCUACCUUUCUUAUGACUCUGUUUAUUGAAGAAAACCAGAAGGUUUUUCCUAAAUAUCCCUGGCAAAAAUGUUUCUUGAGCAGCCUGAAGAACAAAAUUGUGACCCAGCGUCUCUCUGAUGAUUUUGUUGGAAUGACUUUUCCUGAGGUCUCCCGGCUCUGCUUUGUGAAGAUACGUCUCAUGCUGAUAGCCGUCGAGCACAAAUCCCUCUUCCACAGGUGGUGGUACUGA